AUGCACGAAUCCCAGAUCACAGACCAACAUACCAUCCUGGAAACAUUAUGCAAUGUUACCAAAUACUGUCUGAGUUAUGUUGGUGGUCCGCAAGAUAGUUGGGUAACUGACAGCUUAUUCUACGAGUUGGAUGUGAAGACACACGAGAUACUUUUUAAGUGGAGCUCCUUAGACCAUGUCGACCAGAUUCCCAUUUCUAAUGUCCAGCAGUUUUAUCCUGUUGCGGAUUUUGGUAAGAAUCAAUUUAUUCCGUAUGGUUACUUCCAUAUCAAUUCCGUGGACAAAUCUGAAGACGGAUCAUACUUAAUCGUCUCAAGAUACUACUGCUCAAUUUUCAAGAUCUUCAAAAAAACGGCACUGUCGAAUGGACACUACAGGGCCAAACAGGCGAAGAUUCUCAGCUUGAUAGCCAACUUUCCUUCUGUUAAGUCAAAGCACCCUUACGGGGGCCACCCUAGUGGGGGCCACCUCAAAAACGCAACGCGUUUGUAAUAAGGUCUAUAUAUAAAUUAUUAUAUAAUUUUAUUAGUUUUUAAUUAAUUAAAAAAUAAAAUUUAUUAUUUAAA